AUGGUUGUUUUUUCCUGGUUCCCACCUCUCUUCAUCAUGGUAAAGACUGACUACUCAGAGCCAAUUUUGAAUGAGAGGACUGAGCAGAUCUGCUGCUCCCUGGUCUCUUGCAGUACCCCUGGGGAAAAUGGGGCUCCUGGAAAAGAUGGAAGAGAUGGGCUCAAGGAAGAAAAGGGAGAACCAGGCCAAGGGCUCAGAGGUAUCCAGGGCCCUCCAAGGAAAAUUGGGCCUCCAGAGCAACCAGGCUCACAGGGGACUCCAGGACUACCAAGAUUGAAAGGAGAUAAAGGAAACAGCUCAAUUUCUUUGAAUAAUCAGUCAACCUUGGAAAGAAAAAUCCAGGACCUUGAAACGCAACUGGAAAACAUCAAUAAGUCUUUCCUCAAAUUGGUCUCAGCCUCACACAAACAUAUCCAGACACUUCAAGCUCAAGUAUACAGGAACAAAAAUCUUCUGACCUUCUCCUUGGGCAAAAAGCCUGAGGAAAAACUCUUUGUAACCAAUGGAGAAAAAAAACACUUUGACAGAGUGAAAAUUCUUUGUGAGCAAUUUGGGGCCACCAUUGCAACCCCGAAGAAUGCAGAAGGCAAAGCUAUCCAGACUCUGGCAAAAGACACCCCUGCUUUUCUGGGCAUCACAGACAAAGUACAAGAAGGACAGUUUGUAUACAUGGCAGGAAGAGUUACCUGCACCAAUUGGAAGAAGAAUGAACCCAAUAAUUUUGGAUCUGGGGAAGACUGUGUAUUAUUUCAGGGUGAUGGAUUAUGGAAUGAUAUAGGCUGUACAUCUUCCCAUCUUGCUGUCUGUGAAUUACUUGCCUAA